AUUUAGUGUUUUAAUGUUGUUGUUGGGUUUGAUCUGAAAUUGGAGAGGCACAACUACGCGGCCCAUUGCCCAUCGCUACAUAGUGUACAACCCAGAGCUCGAUCGUUGUCUUGCCGUUGUUAAAAGAUAGUCAAAAGCAAGCAAACCGAAGCUAAAGAUGGAUGAAGAGCAGUACCACCAAGAAGGCGUGAUGGAGGUCCCGGUACGUGUGAUCCGAAACGACGAUCCGGAGGGCGAAGUGCUGGUUGCCGCGGUUGCGGAACAGGGUGUGGACAACGUCGGUAAUGAUGAUUCCGAUGGCGAAGAAGAGGGCGAAGAGGUCGCAGAAGUGCCAUUGGCAGACUUGAUACUGGAUCCGCUGGAUCCACGUCGAAUGCAGCUAACAAAUGAAGAGCGUCAAUGGGCUCUCAAUAUCAAGCAGGCCAUCACCGCAUCCCCAGAAAUCAAUGACAUGAGCGACUUUUCGUAUGCCCAAUUGGCUCUAACUGACAGGGGAGAUCUGCAAGCGGCCUUGGAACGGGCAGCACAUAUGCAAGCCUUUCGAGAAGAAUACAAAAUCUUGGAUUCAAUGGAAGACGGCAUGCGGUCGCUGAAGACAACCUUGCAAGUCUUUCCCGCAGCCUUCCUCUCCUUCUCGUACUCCAACAGCCACGGCUCGUACUGUUUCGUAUAUGAUAUGGCAGCCUUCGAUUUGUACAAGCUAAAUAAACAACCAGGCUUGUUCCAGUCCGGCAUGUGGGGAAUCUAUUACCUUGGCCAUUGCAUGGCACCCGACUUUCAAAGCAUGCGACGCGGGGCCAUUUUUCUGGUCGAAUGUCAAGGCUUUGAUUGGAAACGAAACGUGGAUCUCAAAACCAUAAGGACAAUAUGGGUGGAUUUCCUUGCCGUGUAUCCAUUUCAAAUUCAGAAAAUGAAGUACUUCCAUUCAGGCUUGUUUAUCAAUCUCAUCAACUCUCUCAAAAAGCGAUUCUUACCGAAGCAUAUCGUUGACAAGAUGGAAAUCGGGUGCAUGUUCGAACGAAGACUCAGUGAUAUCUACCUCGUGCCCGAUAUAGAUGCUGCUGCACAACGCCUCCUGUCGGCUCUGGAAUGCUCGCUAAACAGAAGAUAUGAAAAUGAAAGAUCUUUUGUUCUGUCAGGAUGUUGACUUCGAUCCAGCAAAAGAGCUCAAAUAUCGCUUCAGUAAAUUGGAGCGAAAUGUGCCCCAACAGCCAUGCGGUUUUUUAUUUUUGACCAAUCGAGGGGGGAGCCUCGAACAACGAUUACCAAUAGAAUCUUGUUGCUAGCCACACGGUUUUCAUUGGGCAUUCUGUGGGGUGUCUCGUGGCGACGUUAUCCCGGUGCUCGGAAAUCUGGUAAAGAGAGACGGCGGAAAGGUCGGAGUGUGCAUUAAAGAUGAGGAAUACACCGCGGAUUGGCUGGGGAGGUUCACACCACCACGGAGCAGCCCGAAACCCCGUCAUCUUCAUUCUUCUUCCUUAGACACCAGAGCAAUGCUAAAGGUAACAUAUACAGGCAGAUGGUUUUAAAAUAGGUACACAAGUGCAUUGCUG